UGAAAAUGCUGAGAAAUGAGGGAACUCAGCUGGCCAGGCAGCAUCUGUGGAGGGAAUGGACAGACAACAUUUCAGGUUUCUUACAUCAGUCAAGAAUGUGAAGCAAUCCCUGAACAACUUGGCAGCAAACAUGGACUUUUCACAAAACGCUUAGAUCUUAGUUUCAACCUACUAAGGUCACUAGAAGGACUUGAAGAAUUUGUCUGCCUGGAAGAACUAAUCCUGGACAACAAUCUUCUCAGAAGUGACCUACAGUUGCCUAGGUUACCAUACCUUCAUACCCUGACGAUCAACAAGAACCAAAUAACUGAAUUAGACAGCCUUUUGGAUCAUUUGGCUGAAGUAGUCCCUUCACUUAAGUACCUCAGCCUCCUUGGAAAUGUAGCCUGUCCCAAUGAACUUGUUAAUUUGGACAACGAUGAAAAUGACUAUCAACGAUACAGGUUCUUCAUUCUUCAUAAGAUGCCAAACCUGAAGUUCUUGGAUGCAAGGAAGGUAACCCAAAAAGAACAAAGAGAAGCAAGCACUCGUGGCGUCUUCAUGAAAGUGGUGAAACCCAAAGAACUGGCCACUGGUGAAAGUGACUUGAACAGACUGGGUUUUCACCAAUACACCCCCUUGCCUCAGGGAACUCGAGAUGGCAGCAAUCAUAAAGGUAUCUUUGCCAAAUGCCGCUAUGUGUACCAUGGAAAACAUUCGGAGGGGAACAGGUUCAUUCGGGACGACCAGCUUUGAGAACGCUUCCGUUCACUGCCCGCGUAUAUAUAUAUUUUUGGGGGUAAAAAGAUGACUUCUUUUUUCCAAAAUAGGAAGGAGAGAGAAAAAAAAAUCACAGAGAGAAUACAACUUCAGCCUGCCAGUGUCUUCUGCUGACUUUGCCAUGCUGUCAAGAUCAAGCUUUCAUUCCAGUCUGAGCAGCCAUAUAGAAUUUGACAUGAUUGCCUUUAAGCAGGUCCCCUGUAACGCCAUGACAGGCAGCUGUAUGCCUGACAGGAUGAGCCUGAUGAUGGAUUGCCUUGUAGAACUGCUGCUCAUGUGAGGCCAGAGGUCACAGCUGAUGUUGAACUGAACAUUCUUAACGCAUCUCCACCAAGUUCCAGAAAGUCACAUUAAGCCCCUGCACAACUCAUUAGAAUGACUUGUUGUUGAGUAAUGGGAAAAUUCUCUUGCAUUUUAUAGAUGACCAUGGACACGAUGAAAUAAAUAGUCAUACUAAACUGUAAAUCCCUCUGACUGACCAACAUUAUUUCAGGGAUUUUAUCCUGAUUUAUGUUUGCCUUGUGGGUCUUAUUUUGAUGUUGGAAAGAUUAUAUAUCAACCCCAUUAGAUGAGCUUCUCUUUUUAACUUUGAUCAGUGAAGGCUCACGAACAAAAUUGACAACUCUGGCAGGCUGGAUAGAUUAUACUUGUAUCUCUGUGUGGUUUUGACUUUCGAUUCUAUGCGAAACCGGUCUAUCUUCACUGUUUUUUUUUCAUGCAGAAGAACAUAACUGAACUGUGUGCAAAGAUAUAUUUGCGAUAUUAUAUCUGUGCUGCAUAUUUAAUUAAAAUUUACAAUUUAUCCCCACUGUAAAAGGUGAACAAAUAUUUUGGGGCUUUUUUCUGUGUUCAAUGCUGUUCAGUUGCAGUCCAAUAUAUUUUUUUAUAUGAAAACAAUCUAGCAUUGAGAUAAUGCACAGCAUUAAUUCAGUAUUUGGACUUCUACAGCAGUUAUCUUUUUUAACACAGUGCAGUGUGCCAUUGAAUUCAUAUGUAAUUCUGGAAUGGAUAUGUUCCUGUUUUAUAUUUAGCAAUGACUGAAUGGUUCAGUCUGUAUACUUUUCCACACAGUACACCAUUGUCGUUCUCUCCCAUUUAAUGGAGUAACUAAAUAUUUGCAUGCAUGUUUUUCGCUAAAUAGUUUUCUUGGCCUCUUGCAUUUGAUACAGAAGAUGUUCCAUGUAUCUUGUUUACAGUUUACAGUGGACUCAUUGACAAGUGAUGACCAACAUUUACUCUAAACAAUAUGAAAUUUAUGCGUAUAUAUUUACAUAUACUAAGACUAUUACGUUACAUUGUUUUGAUUUAAAAACUAACAAAGUAGGUCUCACAGCUUAAUUAAUCUCUUUAUGUCCAAUGAUUGCACUAAGAUAAGCUCCAGUCUUCAGCCAAAGUUAUUUGCAACAAUUUGUUAUUGAGCUCAAAUGGCUGCUUCACUUUUACCAAAUAAAAGCAUUAACCAAAA